GAGACUUGCAGUUUUUCAUGAUAGUAUUUUCCAUGAACUUUUUGAGGACCUGUUAAAUAUUAAACGAGUAAGUUAGAUGCAGAGAUUAUCUUUAUAGAUCCAGUUUAGCCCAGGCACAGUCCAUUUAUAAUAAUGGUGGAUUAUAAAUGAAGGAACCCAUUUCAGCUUUCGAAUGAGUUUUUUUCUUUUCUCUCCCCGGUCCUUGCAGGAAAGAAGAAAGCCUGAGACAUCAGUGUGUGAAGAGUGGGGCAGUCCUGAGUAGCAGUUGUUUUGCUGCUUAGAUGCCUUCUGCAAAGCAUCUGAAAUAAACUGCUCAAGUAAAUCUUUAUAGGCCUAGAGCCAGAAGUACUGAAUUCCGUUGACUUUGGGAUAAAAGAAAAACAACAGUCCUGGUUGUCAUCAUAAACAUAUGAACGAAUGUGAUGGUGAAAUGAGAUGAGGCUCCGAAAUGGAAUUGUAACCACUGCUUUAGCAUUUGUCACUUCUUUCCUUACCUUGUCUUGGUAUACUACAUGGCAAAAUGGAAGAGAAAAAUUGAUUGCUUACCAACGAGAAUUUCUUGCUUUGAAAGAACGUCUUCGAAUUGCUGAACAUAGAAUUUCACAGCGCACCUCUGAGUUAAAUACCAUUGUACAGCAGUUCAGGAAUGUAGGAGCAGAAACAAAUGGAAGUAAGGAUGCAUUAAAUAAGUUUUCAGAUAAUACCAUAAAACUGUUAAAAGAGUUAACAAGCAAAAAAUCUCUUCAAGUGCCAAGUAUUUAUUAUCAUUUGCCUCAUUUAUUGAAAAAUGAAGGAAGCCUUCAACCUGCUGUGCAGAUUGGUAAUGGAAGAACAGGAGUUUCAAUAGUAAUGGGAAUUCCCACAGUGAAGAGAGAAGUUAAGUCUUACCUCAUAGAAACUCUCCAUUCCCUUAUUGAUAAUCUGUAUCCUGAAGAGAAGCAGGACUGUGUUAUAGUAGUCUUCAUUGGAGAGACAGAUAUUGAUUAUGUACAUGGUGUUAUAGCCAAACUGGAGAAAGAAUUUUUCAAAGAAAUCAGUUCUGGCUUGUUAGAAGUCAUAUCGCCUCCUGAAAGUUAUUAUCCUGAUUUAACAAAUUUAAAGGAGACAUUUGGAGACUCUAAAGAGAGAAUCAGAUGGAGAACAAAGCAAAAUCUAGAUUAUUGUUUUCUAAUGAUGUAUGCUCAGGAGAAGGGCAUAUAUUACAUUCAGCUUGAAGAUGAUAUUAUUGUCAAACAGAAUUACUUUAACACCAUAAAAAAUUUUGCACUUCAACUUUCCUCUGAGGACUGGAUGAUUCUAGAGUUUUCCCAGUUGGGCUUCAUUGGUAAAAUGUUUCAAGCACCAGACCUCACUCUGAUAGUAGAGUUCAUAUUUAUGUUUUAUAAAGAGAAACCCAUUGAUUGGCUCUUGGAUCAUAUUCUCUGGGUGAAAGUGUGCAACCCUGAAAAAGAUGCCAAACAUUGUGAUAGACAAAAAGCAAAUUUGCGAAUUCGUUUCAGACCUUCCCUUUUCCAACAUGUUGGUCUGCAUUCCUCAUUAUCGGGAAAAAUUCAGAAACUCACGGAUAAAGACUACAUGAAACCAUUGCUUCUCAAAAUCCACGUAAACCCACCUGCUGAGGUAUCAACUUCCAUGAAGGUUUACCAAGGACAUACACUCGAGAAAACUUACAUGGGAGAGGAUUUCUUCUGGGCUAUAACCCCAGUAGCUGGAGACUACAUCUUGUUUAAAUUUGAUAAGCCAGUCAAUGUAGAAAGUUAUUUGUUCCACAGCGGCAACCAAGAGCAUCCUGGAGAUAUUCUGCUAAAUACAACAGUGGAAGUUUUGCCUUUAAAGAGUGAUAGUUUGGAAGUAAGCAAAGAAACCAAAGACAAACGAUUACAAGAUGGCUACUUCAGAAUAGGAAAAUUUGAGAAUGGUAUUGCAGAAGGAAUGGUGGAUCCUAGUCUAAAUCCCAUUUCAGCUUUUCGACUUUCAGUUAUUCAAAAUUCUGCAGUCUGGGCCAUUCUUAAUGAGAUUCAUAUUAAAAAAGUCACAAAUUGAUCAUCUAUGAAACCAAAACAGUUUUUCCUGUGAAUCUAUUAAAGACAGUUAAGCAUGUACCUUUUUUU